AGGAAAGGGGAUAGAUUCUUUUCGUCAGCAGCUCCAUUCGUCUGAGAGCUGCUGCCAGGAACUGUUACACACAACAAGCACGCUCCAACGUCAUGACGGCAUCAUCUUUGUGGUGAAUCUCCAAUGCCGUUAUUUUUCAGCCUUUUACUCAACACAUCGUCUCAACGUUUUAAGUUUUCCAGUGCCAUUUGCAACUAGUGUCGAUCGUCGUCAUCAUCGUUGUUGUCGUUCAAUAAAACACAAAUCUCUUGGUGCGAUCGUUUAAAUUUCGCCAUGGCAUCUUCGCCUAGUCCGUCCUCGUUGGAUUCGGUCGGCACAUCACCACUCGGUUCCUUCUCCGAUCCCAACGAGCAUCCGCUUUUGGCUCGCGAUCUUGGACUCGGCCCAUUGGUUGGUUACGGCGACAGUGGCGUCUUCAAUGGAAUGAAUUCCACCAAUUUUUCAUCGUGCUCAUCUAUGAUGCACAAUUCAGCACUCAGCCUCUACCUCAACGGAUUGGGUAGUAGCGGCAAUCUGGAUUCCGGAUCAGCUUUAAAGGACAAUUUGAGCAUGGGAAGCAGUGGAACAAGCAGUCGGCCACCUAGCGGUGGUUUACCAGGUUGCAACUCAAGUACCAGCAGCAGUGGAGUCUCUAGCCCCGGAUUGGCCACCAAAUGCGCAGUCUGUGGCGUCGGCGAUUCCUUUUCCGUUUUACCAAAAGUUCUUCCUUGUCUGCACGCACUCUGCCAGAUGUGCUGGGACAAGCAGCAAAUGAACGAUGGCAUGACGACAGAUCUGCUGGACAAGAGUACCAACUGCCCAGUCUGCAAAGCUGAUUGUCUCAUGUCGCCGCCUUCUCAUCAAGGAUCGUCGUCUUCGUCCAGUCUUUUCAAAGAUUUUUCGACUCUGCACAUGAUCGAGACACCAGCUACAACUCCGCUCUGUGAAAACAAUGGAUGGAAUUCCGCUACUUGCACUGCUUGCAAAGCCAAAGAUCCUGUCUUGGCUGUUGCCAAGUGUUUCGACUGCGCUUCGCUGCUUUGCACUUCGUGCGUCCUGGCUCAUCAAUUCAUGCUCUGUUUCGAGGGACAUCGACUCAUGACAUUGGCCGAGCUAGCCAACCCGUCUUCGUCGUCCAACAACUUUACCAACUGCAAGAACGCCAGCCGGCCCUGCGUCCGUCAUCGCGGAGAGUCGGUAACUCUUUAUUGUCACACUUGUUCCGUCCCAGCUUGCACCCAAUGUUUGCUGAUGGAGCACAGUGGACCAGCUCACGAUAUCGAGGCUCUCAACGAAGCUGCCCCUCGUUUGGCACACCAACUUAACCGUACCUUGAAUGAUGCUCGCAACAAGGCUGCUGAGCUCAAAACCGUCGUCCAGGCUGCCGAAUCGGCUGUCAACAAAAUGUCCAACCAGCUGUCCAAGGCUCAGACGGAUGUCACUGAAACCUACCAUUUUUACCGCGCUGCUUUGGAUGAGAGACGUGAAGAACUCCUUCGCGAAUUAGAAAGUGUCUACAACAACAAGCAGACAACUUUGAACGAUCUUGGACACAAGACCCAGGAAGCGGUGGAGCGAAUUCUCAAGACUUGCAGCUUUGUCGAGCGUCUAGUGAAGCAGUCGUCGCCAGUAGAAGCUCUUCUCUUCAAGAAAGAACUCGAUGCUAAAUUCGCUGCUCUAUUCGCCUUCUGCCCACCUGAUUUGAAUCUCCAAGGCUCUCUGGAUGUCGAGUUCAUGUCGAACUACAAGGCUAUUCAAAUUGGAGUCCGCAACACCUACGGUUACAUCCGUUCAACCAACGAACCCAACACACCUGGAUCCUUCAACGCAGCUGCCGCUGCAGCCGCCGCGUCCAAAAUGCAGCCUCCCAUCGCUCGACCCACUUCCAUGCUGCUGGGCACCAACUAUUCGGUCAACGGUGUUAACUUGACCCUCAACAAUGGACGUUUGAGCCCAGCUGGAAACUUGUCUACACCCAAUGGUGAUUCGCAUUUCAUGGCUAAACGAUUCCCGACGUCCACGUCCAGCAACAGUUUCGGAUUGGGUCUCAACGACCUUGGAUUGGGAACUCCCAGUCUGUCACAACCACCUACUUAUGAGAAAUGGAGCACCAAUGCUGGUGGAUUCGACUCGUUUCAGAUGCCGCCGUCGUCUAUGCGCUCUAACGGAUUAGAGGGCUCAUCACUUUCUUCCAUGGGAAACGAUCCUUCUCUCUUCGAGCUGUCCAAGCUGAUGUCGAGCACUUCUCUCUAUCCUCCGCGCUCUCAGAUUAAACGUCAGAAGAUGAUUUAUCACUGCAAAUUUGGCGAAUUUGGUGUAAUGGAGGGCCAGUUCACUGAACCGUCUGGUGUAGCUGUCAACGCUCAAAAUGACAUCAUUGUUGCCGACACCAAUAACCAUCGCAUCCAGAUUUUCGACAAGGAAGGACGCUUCAAGUUCCAGUUUGGUGAAUGCGGCAAAAGGGAUGGCCAGUUACUCUACCCCAAUCGUGUCUCCGUCGUUAAAACCUCUGGGGAUAUCAUCGUCACCGAGCGUUCACCUACUCAUCAGAUCCAGAUCUACAACCAGUACGGCCAAUUCGCCCGCAAGUUUGGUGCUAAUGUGCUGCAGCAUCCUCGCGGUGUCACAGUUGACUCCAAGGGCCGUAUCAUCGUGGUUGAGUGCAAAGUGAUGCGCGUCAUCAUUUUCGAUCAAAUGGGUAACGUGUUGCACAAAUUCGGUUGCUCAAAACACCUGGAAUUCCCCAAUGGCGUCGUUGUCAACGAUAAGCAAGAGAUCUUCAUCUCCGACAACCGUGCCCACUGCGUCAAGGUCUUCAGCUACGAAGGUGUCUUUUUGCGUCAGAUUGGCGGCGAAGGUUUGACCAACUACCCCAUCGGUGUUGGCAUCAAUUCUGCUGGCGAGAUCCUGAUUGCCGACAACCACAACAACUUCAACUUGACCAUCUUCACUCAGGAUGGACAGCUGAUCUCGGCGCUCGAAUCCAAGGUCAAGCAUGCCCAGUGCUUCGAUGUGGCUCUCCUCGACGAUGGAUCCGUCGUCUUGGCCAGCAAAGAUUAUCGUCUCUACGUCUACCGUUACGUGCAAAUCCCUCCUCUGGCGUUAUAAUUGGUCGUUGAAUUUUUCUUUCAUUCUAUAUUUUUUUUCCUACAUUCUCUUGUCAAUCUACAUAUCCCCUUGGGUCUUAUCGUCAGGAACCGGAAGUUCCCGAUUUCUUGCGUCUCUCCAACAACGGUGGAGGGAUUUGAAUAAUGCACUUAAAUCGAUCUUGUUUUUAAUCAAUUAUUGGUUGAAUAUUUUGAGUUCGCAUCAUCAGUCGACUCGGUAGCUCGACUUGGUAGAAGAAAAACGAACUAGUCAAGUAAUGUGGGAGUAGCUCCGGAGAAAUCUACCCGUUUUGUUGCCAGCCUGAGAAAGUAAAAUGUGGAACCUUGCGGCAAGGAAGUGCGAGCCUCGUCUUUAAAAUUAAAAAUUUGAAAAAAAAAAAAAAAAUGUCUUUGAAUGGAUUUAAAGUCAAGAAAAAAAAAAUUCUCGUCUUCGCGAAAUUGUUGACUUGGGAAUGGUUAAUAGCAGCUGUCGUGCAUUCUAGCAAUAGCUCCUCUUUAUUUUUGCUCUCUUCCGUUUUUUAAAAAUUGGGUACUAUUGAGAAAUGCUCACGAAUUGAUUAGAAUGUUGGCUUUGUUGUAUCAACGGUUCAGCCCCUCUUUACCCUCCUACGUCGGUUCGUUUUGAUGGUAGUUUUUAUUUUUGUUGGUUAAGUAAUAAGAAAUGAGGAGAGACUUCUUCGCUUGUAUAACUAUGUGUCAUGAUGCGCCCGUCAUCCUGGGAUCCAAAAAGAAACAAAUCUUUGGGCUCGUGGACCAAUCUGAAUCUAUCCAAACUGUCUUCUUCUUUCAAUAACUAUCACUUUGAGGCUCAACUGAUCAAGAACGUGCACAAUCCUGUUGAUCCGUAAUUAAGUUUUUUUUUUCUAUUUUUUUUUUGUCGAAUUCCUCUAAACUUGUGAAGAACUCUUCAAGUAUUGUCAUUUCGAACAAGUCAUUACUCUCGGCCUGUGAUAGGAGUUAAGCCUCACUAUUCUUCUCUGGUUAACUAUUACUGCUUUUUUCCUCUUUAAAAAACAACAAAGUUUCGCCUUUUGUAAUGGCAUCCUUCUUUAAAAAAUUUUUUUUUUCUAUUAUCAUUACCAACUAGAAAUGUUAACGAGAAGACUUUCCUCUUUCUGUGAUGUGGUCGCUCUCUUUCGCAAGCUUCUGCCACACUCCUCGGCAAUGAUCUCGUCAGUUAAAGGCGCUUAUUGGAUUUGAAAUUUUCUUUUUUUCUCUCGCGGGAAAGGUUGGCGUAUUUGGGGGGCUGUUUCCGAUUCACCUGAUGUGUAUGUGAAGUUGCAAAAUGUCUUUAAAUAGCAGGGUCAAACUUGUCUCCUGUUUCCAAUUCAUCCCCUCUUUCAUUUUCCAUUUGUUUCCUUUUUGUUUAUCGCCAGUCAAGUUUGAUAUAAUCUUGUUUCCGAAAGUAGAAAUUUAUACUUCGUGCAGUUUUUUUUUUCUUUUGUGGGAUGGGAGAAAGUCAGCAGUAGCCAAUCCAAGUGCUCAAAGGCAAAAAAAGAUGAAGUUGGAUGUUAGAGUUGGCUCUUCUCGUGUUUGUUCUGCGCAGGGAUUAAGGGAAAUUCUAAAUUGUCAUUACUUUCAGUCCCCUUUAAUUUUUUUUAAAUGUGGCUAUUCUCUUAAUUUACCCCCUGUGCCUGAUAAAAACAAGUGCAGCUCUAUAUACUCUUUUUUUUUUUUUCUAUGGCUAUCUUCUCACAUGUAUAUUCAUCCAAGGUUUGUGUUAACAGCCAAUUUUUCUUUAUUUCUUAUUUGCAAAAUCUCCAUGCGUUUCCUUGCUACCAGUUUUUUCGGUGCGCAUUUGUUUCGUUGUGUUGCUCUUGUUUACUUCUUUUAAAAAAACAUUAAUUUUAGUUGAAACUUUUUGAAAUUGUUUUGUGAAUUGAUAAGCCAAUCUUGUCUGUCCUGCUCCUUGGAAUUUCCAUCCUAUUUUGUGGUCUUUUUUAGAAUUCAGUAUCAUUUUGGGUUUUGUGUUCCUGACUCGUCGCUCCUUUGCUAUGAUCGAUGAUAUUGGCCAAGGAGACCGGCAUUUAUCAUUUAGUUUUCCGUAUCUUUCUUCUCAUCGUCACUUCCGUCUUUUUUCUUCUAAUUUUAAGUGAAUAUGUUUUAAUCGUACGCGGAAUUCAAAACCUCUAGAGGGGAAAAUUGGCUUGUCUUGUUCUUUUUGUUGUCGUCGAAUCGAUUCCAUCAGCCGCUUGUAUACAAAUGCCUUUGCCUCUGUGCCCCCCUGGGUCUGUGUCCACUGUUCCUUGUGUACCUCAAUUACUGUACUGUUAUUAUUUCAGUUUUAAAAAGUGUUAAUUUCGCUUCCGGAUUGGCUCUUUCUCUCUCUGUCCACCCAUCUCUCUCUAUUUUGCUCUCCAUUCUUCCUUUCGCGUGUAUCUUAACGAAAGGUGGCAGUUAUUUAUCUAUCAGCUAUUUCCUUUAAAAAAAGCAAAAGCACGAG